UUAGCAAGAUGUUUACUGUUCGUCAGAUUAAUUGCUUGAGAAUUUAGUUGAAGCACAAUCUCGAUUGGAUAGUAUUUAACAGAAAACAAAUCUUUCAUGUAAAUCUGAAGAAAGAAAUGUUUUUCACAGAUAUUUUAGAGUUCUUUUGCAUUCCCUUCAGUGUAUUUAUUUCAUUUUUGGUUAUAUUGUCCGCUGUAAAUAAAUCUGUCGGUGUCCGAAGAGCCUACGUAAAACUUUUGCUAAAGAUAUUUGAGUUCGGCCGCCUGAGUAUUGAAUCUGCAGCGACAGAACGCCAAACGAAAGAUGGUGAGACGUGUAAUGUCUCAGUAGAAACUAAGGCUAAUGACAUUAAUAGACCUUGCUCUAAACAAACUGGAACUAGUAUACCCACUACAAAUGGCAACACAUUAAUUAGCAGGGACAGUGUGCUUCUCCCAACAACCAACGAGUCUUCGGCUACGGAUCGGGAUGACUCUUCUAAAGAUGUAGUUUGGUUGACUCUUUGUACGGCGAUAGUUGGAUAUAUUAAAGAUGGUGAACAUAAACGGAGAAUGGUAGACCAAGUGCUUGGUCAUUGCUUUUCAGUGCUCUCCAGCGCCAUUUCCGCUGUCAUUUAUUAUCAUAAUGUGGAGAAUCGACCCACAAAUGGGAUUUGUGUUGCAAACCAUACCAGCCCAAUCGAUGUAUUAGUACUUAUGUGUGACAAAACAUAUUCAUUGAUUGGCCAACGGCAUGGUGGAUUUUUGGGUUUAUUACAACGCGCUUUAGCUCGAGCAUCACCUCAUAUUUGGUUUGAAAGGGGAGAGGCAAAGGAUCGACACGCAGUGGCCGAACGCCUUAAACAGCACGUAUCAAAUCCAAAUAAUCCUCCCAUACUGAUAUUCCCCGAGGGUACCUGCAUUAACAACACAUCCGUUAUGCAAUUUAAAAAAGGCAGCUUCGAAGUAGGAGGGGUUAUUUAUCCGGUGGCUAUCAAAUACGACCCUCGUUUCGGAGAUGCAUUCUGGAAUAGCUCAAAAUAUUCGAUGAUGCAAUAUUUAUAUAUGAUGAUGACUUCAUGGGCUAUUGUAUGUGAUGUUUGGUACUUGCCACCUAUGUACCGACAAGAGGGCGAAUCAGCUAUAGAUUUUGCCAAUCGUGUCAAAAGUGUCAUAGCAAAACAGGGCGGACUAGUAGAUCUAGUUUGGGAUGGGCAGCUCAAACGAAUGAAACCAAAGAAAGAAUGGAAGGAAAUGCAACAAGUAGAGUUUACUAAACGUUUGAAAGGCGACUAACAAUUUCUUACACCCUAUUUCUAAGUCUCAUAUUUAAUUUUUAUGUUAAAAUGCGAGAAAACCAAAAUACAUUCGCUGAUAUUAUA